AUGCAUAAAUUUGGCCCCAGCGAGGAAGAUGAUGAGGACAUGGGUAUGGAGAUGAAGGAGGAAGAUGACGAUGAUGAAGACGAUGAUGAAGAAAAGAACAUGAGAACUACUUCUAUUAACAGCUUGGAUGUAGGCAUUUUACCAACAGCUGGUGGUACCAACAGGUAUGUGCAUCACCAGCAAUAUCAAGAUCAGCCUACUCCACAGGUAGGUGGGACCCGGAGGUGUCGGCCACAAGAAGAGAAAGAAAGAACAAAGCUAAGGGAGAGACAGCGGCGGGCGAUCACUGCCAAGAUUUUGGCGGGGCUCCGUAGGCAUGGCAACUAUAAUCUUAGAGUUAGAGCUGACAUUAACGAUGUAAUUGCUGCUUUGGCUAGGGAAGCUGGUUGGGUUGUUCUUCCAGAUGGGACCACCUUUCCUUCCAGAUCACAGGGAACACGACCUAUCACUGGUGCACCAAACACGGCAGUGCAAUCAUCAUCUCCACAAAUUCCAGCACCACACACAACAUCUCCUACUGCCUUGAGGGGCAUUUCCUCAGGGUACAUGAAUACAGUCGAUUAUGGUUCAUCUCACAUGAAAGGUGUUUUUGUGCCUGCUUCAUCUCCUUAUGAUGGCUCGUCGAGUGCCAGAUCUCAGACAUCCGCAAUGAUUGGGGACGGAGACCUGCAGAAUGAUCCUCUUCUUGCCUGUAUGUUACAAUUCAGCUAUCUGAUUAGUUUUGUUUUAUUUUCCUUUUUGAAGGUGGUUGACAUGCCACCAGCAACAAAACUACACGAGCGAGAUUUUUUUGGGACACCUUACGUUCCGGUUUAUGUUAUGCUGCCGUCAGGUGUUGUCAAUAUGAAGUGUGAGCUUGUUGAUCCAGAUGGUUUAUUAGAGCAUUUGAGAAUCUUAAAAUCAAUUAAUGUUGAUGGUGUUAUGGUUGAUUGCUGGUGGGGUGUGGUUGAAGCACAUGAACCUCAGGAGUAUAACUGGAAUGGCUACAUAAGGCUAUUUCAGAUUGUAAGGGAGAUGAAAAUGAAAGUCCAGGUUGUACUGUCCUUCCAUGAAUGUGGUGGUAAUGUUGGGGAUGAUGUGUGCAUUCCCCUGCCUCACUGGGUGGCCGAAAUCAGUCGAAACAAUCCGGACAUCCUUUUCACAGAUAAAUCAGGAAGGCGGGACACAGAGUGCCUGUCUUGGGGAGUUGACAAGGAAAGAGUUUUGAGGGGCCGAACAGCUGUAGAGGUGUACUUUGAUUGCAUGAGAAGCUUUCGGGUCGAAUUUGAUGAGUUUUUUGAGGGUGGUGUUAUAUCUAUGAUCGUAGUUGGUCUUGGUCCUUGUGGUGAGCUGAGAUAUCCUAGCAAUCCUGUGAAACAUGGUUGGAGAUACCCGGGUAUUGGUGAAUUUCAGUGCUAUGAUCAAUAUAUGUUGAAGAGCCUGCGCAAGGCUGCAGAAAUAAAAGGACACUCUUUCUGGGCACGAGGACCUGAAAAUACUGGUUCAUACAAUUCAAGGCCACACGAGACAGGAUUUUUCUGUGACGGGGGUGAUUAUGACGGCUAUCACGGCAGGUUUUUUCUCAGCUGGUAUUCUCAAGCUUUAGUCGACCAUGGAGAUCGAGUGCUUUCUUUGGCCAAGUUAGUUUUUGAAGGAACUCGUAUUGCUGCAAAGCUUGCGAGCAUCAAUUGGUGGUACAAGACAUCUAGUCAUGCUGCUGAAUUGACUGCUGGAAUUUAUAACUCCAGCAAUCGUGACGGUUAUGCUGCAAUAAUGUCAAUGCUAAAGAGGCAUGGGGCUGCUCUAUGCUUUGCAUGUUCCGAAAUGAGCAUUAUAGAUAAUCAGAUGGACUUCUCUGAGUCGCUGUCCGAUCCCGAGGGAUUAGCUUGGCAAGUUCUGAACGCUGCUUGGGAUGCUUGCAUACCUGUUGCCAGUGUAAAUUCUUUCCCUUGUCACGACCGAGAAGGUUUUAAUUAUUUAUUGGAGAAGGCAAAGCCCAUAGGUGAUCCUGACGGGAGGCAUUUUUCUGCUUUUACAUAUCUGAGGCUCAGCCCACUCUUGAUGGACAGACAAAACCUCAUCGAGUUUGAACGGUUUAUCAAGAAAAUGCAUGGGGAAGCUGUUCUCGAGUAUCAGACAUAG